AUGGUUGGUGGGUGGACAUGGAAAAAGUGGGUGUUUGGAUUGCUGGGUGUGAAGCACAGAGGACAGAAGACAAUGCCUGUUCUCCGCUUGGUGGAAAGAUGGACCAGACAAGAGCUGAUUCCACUGGUUCUACACCAUGUUCGGAUGGGAUCCACAAUACUUACCGAUGAGUGGCAGGCCUACCGUCUGUCUGAAUUUGGAUACAAGCAUUAUACAGUCAACCACAGUGUGGCAUAUGUUUAUGCUGAUAAAGACUGCCACACUCAACACAUUGAGAGGGCCUGGAGGAGCUACAAGGAGACUAUUGGGAGACUACGGGGGAAUCGAACCAAGGAUCGACUAAGAGAUCACCUGAUCAAGAUUAAGUGGAAUGAAUGCCUGGAUAAAAAACACAGUAAUGGUCCACCGGGAUGCCUGCUCCAUGAUAUUUCAAAGCAAUACAAAUAG